GCAGGAGGGCGGGGGGAGGAGGAGGAGGAGAACUGUUCGAGCGCCUGGGCCCCGCGCGCGCGCCAGCCGCCCAGCCAGCGCGUGAGUGGCCCCGCGACGCCGCCGUCGCCGCCUCCUCUAAGAUCAACCCCCCCUCCCCUCCGCCGCUUCACCCCCGGCCGUCUGAGAGCGCCUGCGUAAGGGCGCGCGGGCCUCGCUUGCUCUCCCCCCUCCCCCUCCCUUUUUAUUAUUUUGACGCCCGCAGCGCGAGCCCAGAAGAACCAACGGCUGAGGGGGCUAGUGGCGGCGACGGUGGCCGCCAUGGCCCGGCACGGGCCUAGACGCGGGCCCAGAUAAGGGGGCGGAGGAGGAGGCGCCGCCGCCGCCUCUGGGCCCGGGGAGGGGUACGGAAAAGAAAAGCUCGGCCUCUCACACAUAUAUUUAUAUAUACAUCUACAUAUAUACACACACCGACUGGGCCAGGAGGAGAGGGCCUCGUCAAUUGCAGGCACAUUUUGAUCUCUUGCAUUGUGGAUCCUAGCAAACAUCGGAGGAAAAUGGGCGUCAAAACAUUUACCCACAAUUCCCCUGCACACAGCCAGGAGAUGCUUGGGAAGCUUAACAUGCUGCGUAAUGAUGGACACUUCUGCGACAUCACCAUUCGUGUCCAAGACAAAAUCUUCAGAGCACACAAGGUGGUACUGGCUGCCUGCAGUGACUUCUUCCGUUCCAAGUUGGUUGGUCAAGCAGAGGAUGAUGGCAAAAGUGUACUUGACCUGCAUCACGUGACAGUGACUGGGUUCAUGCCUCUUCUGGAAUAUGCAUACACAGCAACAUUGUCUAUUAACACAGAAAAUAUUAUUGAUGUCUUGGCCGCGGCCAGCUAUAUGCAAAUGUUCAGUGUUGCUAGCACGUGUUCUGAGUUCAUGAAGUCGAGCAUUUUGUGGAACACUCCUAGUAGCCAGCAAGAAAAGGUGCUAGAUACAGGACAGGAAAACAGUGCAAAUUGCAACUUUACCUCUCGAGAUGGCAGCCUUUCUCCAGUUUCCUCUGAAUGCAGUGUGGUGGAAAGAACCAUUCCUGUUUGCAGAGAGUCACGACGGAAACGUAAAAGCUACAUAGUCAUGUCGCCAGAAAGUCCACUUAAAUGUAGCACUCAGACAAACUCACCACAGGUUCUGAAUCCUUCAGCUUCCUAUGCAGAGUCUAGAAGUCACCCUGUAGACUCUUCUUUAGCUUUUCCUUGGACUUUCCCUUUUGGAAUCGACCGAAGACUUCAGUCAGAGAAGGUGAAGCAAGUAGAAAAUUCUCGGACUCUAGAAGUGCCUGGUCCAUCUGAAGCAGCUAGAAGAAUUUCUGAUUAUGUGACUUGUGAGAGCACAAAGGCCAGCUCACCUCUGGUCAUUGAAGAAGAUGUGCGUGUUAAAGUGGAAAGGUUAAGCGACGAGGAAGUCCAUGAGGAAGUAUCGCAGCCUGUCAGUGCAUCCCAAAGUUCUCUGAGUGAUCAACAGACAGUUCCAGGAAGCGAACAAGUUCAGGAGGACCUCUUGAUCAGCCCACAGUCAUCAUCUAUAGGUUCAAUAGAUGAAGGGGUCACUGAGGGAUUGCCAACACUCCAGAGUACCUCUGGUGGUAACGUUCAUGCAGAUGAUGAUGACCGAGUGAUUGCUUGCCUCUUCAGAUUGGAGAAUGUCCAGUAUCCUUACCAGCUCUAUAUUGCUCCUUCAACCAGUAGCACAGAGAGACCCAGCCCAAAUGGCCCUGAUAGACCUUUUCAGUGUCCCACCUGUGGUGUUCGAUUCACCCGUAUUCAGAACUUAAAACAGCACAUGCUCAUCCACUCAGGCAUUAAACCAUUUCAGUGUGACCGUUGUGGGAAAAAGUUCACCCGGGCUUAUUCGCUAAAGAUGCAUCGCCUGAAGCACGAAGGUAAACGCUGUUUCCGGUGCCAGAUAUGUAGUGCCACUUUCACUUCCUUCGGGGAAUAUAAACACCACAUGCGGGUUUCCCGGCACAUUAUCCGCAAGCCUCGGAUUUACGAGUGCAAAACAUGUGGCGCCAUGUUCACCAACUCUGGAAAUUUAAUCGUUCAUCUGAGGAGUCUGAACCAUGAAGCGUCAGAGCUAGCAAACUACUUCCAGAGCAGUGAUUUCCUAGUACCGGACUACUUAAACCAAGAACAGGAAGAGACCCUUGGCCAGUAUGAGCUAGGAGAGCAUGGAUUUGAAAGCAGCUCCUCUGUCCAAAUGCCUGUCAUUUCACAGGUUUCAUCAACUCAGAAUUGUGAAAGCACUUUCCCCUUGGGGCCUCUGGGUGGGUUGGCAGAAAAGGAAGAAGACAUGCCAGAGCAGCCAAAGACGACUGCAAGUGCCGACGUGAGCCGGGAUGACCCCCCGAAACCAGGGCUCUCGUCUAUCACUAUUGAAUAAGUCCGCAGUUUGGUUUCAUUUUUGUCUUUUUGGAAAGUGCCUGUGUUUGGUCUUGUACAUUUUAAUUUAAUUUUCAGAAAAGGGGGGGCGAGAAUGUACCCCUUUUUAAUUUUGUAAGCUAUGCUGUUAAAACCAUAAACUGCAAAAGAUAUUACACUAUUCUUCACAGCCAAACGCGCACUUCUGUGGAAACAUUUUAAGACUGAAAUGCACAGUAAGGUUCUAUCAGAACAUCACAUGCACUUCUAAAGGAAAGCUAAGCACACUCAAACUACAUUUGUGGUUUCUCAUUCUGCAGUUUAGACCUAAUUGUUAAUGGAUUGCUUCGCUCACCCCAUUUUUGCAGGAUUUCUGGUGCAGGAAGAAAAAUUAAUGGUGCUUAAAAUGAUUAGUUUUGAGUACACACGCACACACACACACACACACAAAAAAGUAUGGAAGAGAACAAUUUGCCUGCGUUGGUAGACCUUCAUGUAUUGUUUAGAAGGAAUAAUUUCGGUCUGUGCUUUUCUUUAAGGCAUGCUUACUAUACUGUUUCUAAAGCUUACAAGACCUCUGUUUUUAGAAGCGGAUGAUUGAUUGGCUUUGGCAAAGCAAAGGGGAACAUGCCUAGGUAUGCUCACCUCUGACAUGCCACUCCUUUUUAGAAACUGUUCAUGCAGAUGGCCUUAUCUGGAUUUCAUUCUCCGAAGUGGUACAUAAAAAAACUCUGUAGUCAAGAAGUCCUAGUUGUAUUAAACACCAUGGAUAGUAUGAAUAUAUGACAAGGAGAGAGUUUACAAAAGGCAAAAGAGCUUUUGUGCAUUAAUGUACUCUUUUGCAGUUACACAUCUAUGUAUGCACUUCGGUUUUAUUAUACUGUUUUUAGAUAAUGCAAGCAAUUUAUUUUCUUUUAGAGGCCAAGUUUCUAACCCAACAGGGGUUGUUUACAGAAGGCCUAUUAGCAAUGAUAAAAUCUUCCUGUUUUAAAACAUUUUUAUACCCUUGCCAAGCUGGUUUCAUAAAAGCCAUUACUCUGGCUACAUACACAGAUCCAGCAAGCAAUAAUCAGAAAGACUUGCCAUUUCAUUUCUCCCUGCAAAGUUUAUAAAAGGUUGUAAACACAUGAUAGGGCAUUUUCAGGCCGGCAGUUUUUGGGUUUUUUGCCAACAUCUUCUGUUGUUGGUAAGGCUUGGAAAUUUAAUUUGGACUACAUUUUUUAAUCUGUCUUUCUCAUUUGUUUGGUUUUGAGCAUCCUGACACAUCGAAGCUUCACAAUUCACCAAAUGUUUUUUUUAAGUGAAAUUUAUCUGAGGGAGGUACCAAUGAAAUGAAUGUCACAUUAUCAUCAAACUAAGAAUAUUUUUUUUAAGUGGGGGGCUGAUAGGG